CGCGUGACACUCAAUAGACAAGAAGUGUUGGGGGAAAUACAUUCCGAGAUUUUAUAAACAUCUUUUAUACCUUUUCGAACUCUUUCGUAAAAACUAGCAAAAUUUCCUUGAUAAAAAGAAUCAUAAAGAUGAGUAGUAUUCCAAAGAUGAACAACCUUGAAGAUGCGAAGAAGGAGCUGAAAGAAUUGAAGAUUAAAGUUGAGAAAGCAGACGACACGAAAGCCAGGAUGAUUCUGGAAAAACUGGAGGAAGAUGAAUUCAAGGAGAAAGCCAAACAAGAAAUGAUGGCUAAAGCUGGAAAGCAGGAGUCUUGCCAGAAAGAAUUCAAUCAAGACUUGGAAAAGGUCAAGGAUGAAAUCCAGAAGCUUUCUAAACACAAACAAGAUAUACUGGAUAAACUGAGGUGUUGUAAAGCUGAAUUGGAGGCUAAGAGAACCGAGGCUUCAAAACUGAAGCACAAAUUCAAGAUCUAUGCCCAGAUUCCAGAGACAGAAGUGAAGUUUCUGUCUCUUAUCAGAGAGGAGAAUGGGGAUGGAGAAGACAGCAAUCAUUCAGUCAGAGGAGUGUUUACCAUCGCCCAGAGAGCCGCAGUGCUGCUAUUAGGAGGGCAGGCUCUCAUCACUUUUGAGGAGGAGAAAGUGGCUCAAAAAAUCCUGAAGCUCCCUGGUUGCCGUGUGUCCUGUGAAAACACCACCUUGAAUGUGAAAACAAAAGGACUCACCUUGGAAACAUCUGUGAAGUUUGAGGUCCAUGUGGACGUGUCCAGAAAAGAGCUGAAAGUAUACAACAUCCCCCCUGCCAUGCCGGAGGACAGAACGGAGGAUCGUCUGGAGAUCAGCUUUUCCAGACCAACCAGGGGAGGAGGAGAAGUGGAGAGUGUGGAUUAUGAUGGCAAGACUGGAACUGGGUCUAUUAAAUUUUUGAAAUCUGGAGUUGCCUGGAGCUUGGCCAGAAAAGGAGUCUACAAAGUGAAUCUCGAAUCUGAAGUUAAUGUCAAGGUUGGACCAGCGUAUGAGUACAAGUUGGAGAAGUUUCAAACAUCAUGUGGUUCAUCAAGGCGAACUGUUCUUCUGGAAGGCAUUGAUGAUGUGGAGAAUGAGGAGGACCUGCAGGACCACCUGGAAAUUCAUUUUCAGAAGCCCAACAACAGUGGUGGUGAAAUUGAAAACAUCAAAUAUAUUUCCAAGGGGAAGUCUCUCCAGACAUUUUUCAAUGAAGACAAAAUAGACAUAACUAACUAAAGUUAUCUGGAAGUAGUGAGCUUCAGCAGUAUGAGUUUUCAGGAUGUAAGGAAGAGCAUGACCCAUGGUCUGUUCAGUGGUAAAAAGAGAAAAUCUUUUUAGUUUUGACACUUGGAAAUAUUAUUUGGUUACGGUGAUAUUUUAUUUAUGUUCUGGAAAAGCGGGGGUAGGUUUGAUUUUAGUAGAUAUAAGUUACUAUGCUUAGACAAUCUGUAGAUAUGAACUGGGUUUCCAGAAAGAAACUGUGUAUCUCAACCCUGACAAGCUAAAAUUACAUCUAUGCAAUAUUAAUCUUAAUGUAAUUCAUGACAUAACAAGUAUUGGUAGCCAGUUUCUAAAGUGUUUUAAGUAUACUUCAGCUCUAAUUUAAGCAUAAAUUAUGUAUCAUAUGAAUAUAUGGUGGUAAAUUAGCCUCACUUAGGAUGACAGAUAUUUUGCAUACUGUGUAAAAAAGCAGAUUAGAAUUUUUGUCAUUACUAAGGUUUAAACUUAGUGAUGUCUCUUCUGCCUUGUUUAUGAUGCCAAUUAAAAUAUAAAGACUACGUCAGUAGAA